CCUGACCUCUGCAGAAGCAUCCAAUUGCACCAAGUCUGGCUAGACAGACAGAAGCGCACAGCAAAUGCCAGGUAAGGCCCCGCCCCCUUACCUAGGGGUAUAAUAAUGGUUGCAGCUCUGCUAUUCUCCAGUUGACAUUCGCUUCUCGCGAUCUCUGCAUUGACACAGUUCGGUUGGAUUACGCUGCUCACCUUCGUGUCUUCAGGAGGACAUAUCGAUUGAUCAGCCUCCGCCAGACGUGACUGUCGUCUUCUCAGCCUCCUGCUGUGUUCUGCAUUCAGGGCCGCCCGCACUCUCGUCGUUUCACCUGCUCCCACGGCUGCCCGCCACGGAUUUUUCCGAUUUCCUCUCCGGUAUGUCGCUUUCCAAAUCUACCGCUUCUCCGGGCAAUAGCCUAUCACGGGCCUGCCCGGCAGCGUGUGGAGCACUCAUCGCUGCUAAGGACCUUCACCCGUUCUGCGUGGUUUGCUUGGGCCUUAAACACGCUCAAGAAGCCUUGGAGAACAUGGAAAAUUGCAGUCAUUGCCUUAAGCUGCCCAAAAAGCUUUUACGACGCAGUCUUAAAGUUGCAGUGGCCCUGUGCGCCAAGCUCAGCUUUUCUGACUCAGAUGGGGGACACGGUGACGACGACGCGCUACCGGGGGACUCCCAGGGCUACUCAUCACUUGUUUGGGCUGACCAACCCAAUCCCGCAUUCUCCGAAGAGGACAUCUUCGCGGGCAACCUCAUGCUUACCGACGAACCGGCCGGUUCCGGCGAUAAGGAUGAUGCAGCCCUUCUCGGGGUCUCAGAGGACGAGGAGGCCAUCCUGCCCUCUGGCGUUCCCCAGGCUAGCGGCCACGCAGCUCUGCCUCAGUCCAUCCUCCUGGAAGUUUGUGAGCGAGCGGCCGCUCGCCUCAACAUUGAGUGGCCGGCUCCACAGAGCGCCACCGACCAGGAGAGGGAUAUUUACGACAGAAAAGUGUUGGAACCUCCUCCCGGUCCAAGGAAACAACUCUUCCCUGCCGCAUACAAGUCCUCGGCCUUGGCUGUCAGGGCCCUGAACUUCUCAUCUCUCCUCUCCGCUUACCAGGCAGAGAUUUUGGACGAAUUAGGGCAACAGCUAGAAAAGGGAACUCCUUCUCUACCCUUGUGGAAGGGGAUCCUCACGGUGAACGACCUCGUCCUUCGUAACGCUUGGCAGGCCGUCCAAGCCUGCGGGCGCUCUAUGGCGCUUUCUGUGGUGGGAGAGCACGUGCUCUGGCUUAACCUGUCAGGCCUUCCUGACAGUGAGAAGCGGCGCAUCGCAUUGAUGCAACAACGGUGUGACGACAAUAAAAAGAAGGAGGAUGAGGCCUUCAAGUUAUGUCUUCCUAGGAAGGCGGCCCCACGCCAGACACCCCCUGCGCGUUUGCCUAACACUCCUGCCAUGGGACAACACUUCCACCAGGGCAAGGAAAGGCCCCGCAACAAACCCCCUCCACGGCAGAAAAACCCACUGCCUGCUAAGCACUGGGGAAAAUCGACUCCCGCCGUGGCCGCGGCUGGAAGACCAUCUAACCCUACCCCCAUCGACUCUAAACGUAAGCGGCCUGCCUGAUGUUCGAUUGAUGGGGGCAUCGAGUCCGCGUUCACAGGCCACGAGCCCUUCGGACUCUCUCCCUGUCCCAGGACCCCGUUCAAAAGACGCAGGGUCUCCCGCAGAUGGAUCGGUUCCUCUCCGUUCAAGGCUGCCCAGCCCAUGUGUUUAAUGAACGUUGUGUGUUCCCCCCUCAUGUUCAGGGGGUCUGUUGUGAGGAAAAGUGCAAAAGCAGUGUCACCACACCGCAUACACUCUGUUCCCCUCACCCAACCAAUAAAGGCUUCAGCCCCAGUGUUUCCCCAACACAAAA